AUGAGCGACAAAUUGAGCCGCGAGAAAUUUAUUAGCACGCUCGGGGAGGACUCCUGGGAUUCCAAUUGGGAGGCGAUACAACGUCUCAGUCCAGAGUUCUUCAAUGCCAGCAUCGAUCUACUAGCUGUGCCCAAACAAAAGAGACACCUUUCGCCGAAGGUACAGCAGCUCAUCGCCAUCGCUGUGGACAGUUCUUCAACUCACCUUUACCUUCCUGGGAUUCGACAACACAUUAAGUUGGCGUUGGAAGCGGGCGCCACAAAGAGAGAAGUGAUGGAAGUGAUUGAACUCACUAGUACGCUAGGAAUUCAUGCAUGCAACGUUGGUGUGCCAUUGCUUGUGGACGUUAUGAAAGAGGCGGGAAUAUACGACAACCAUCCCUACGCAGGGAAACCGCUUGAUCCACAGCGCGAAGCGUUGAAGGUCGAUUUCACGAAAAAGCGUGGCUAUUGGCAUCCAACGUGGGAGGAGUUCCUUGCUUUGGACCCGGAAUUCUUUGAAGCUUACCUCGCUUUCUCCUCGGUGCCAUGGGAGAAAGACAUGGAUGGGACCCGUGGUGGGUUGGAGCCUAAGGUCAAGGAGAUGAUAUAUUGCGCCUUCGAUGCGGCUGCGACUCAUCUUUAUGUCAAGGGCCUUCGUCUUCAUAUGGUGAAUGUGCUUAAGUAUGGUGGAACCCCGGAGGAAAUCCUCGAGGUUUUGGAGAUUGCUACUCAGUUAAGCGUUCAUACUGCCCAUGCUGCAGCCCCCAUUCUUGAAGAGUUGGCCGGUCGUGGUUGA